CCCGGGGCGGCCGGGCCCGUCAUUCUGCUCCCGGGGGUGGGAAGGGAGGUGCUGCUGGGGCCGCCCCUGCCGCUCCUCUCGCUCUGCCUGGCGGCCGCUGUGGUAGCAGCAGAGCCAUUGAAAUCAGUAGAAUUACACAAGAAGUAAGGAACUACUCAAUCUGCCUGACUCACAGGCUUUGACACAAGCCAGAUGGCUGCGAUUGGUAGGCGCACAGGCUGCCUGGUACUGCAGUUGAUGAAACAGAAUAGGAAGACGUUUUAUGAUCAGUUGCGGGAGCACAAUAAGACUGCAGCUUUGCUAGGGUCAUGUAGGGAUAAAAAGAACUGCAAGGUGGUCUUUUCCCAGCAGGACCUGAGGAAGCGGCUGACGCCUUUGCAGUACCAUGUCACUCAGGAGAAAGGGACUGAAAGCGCCUUUGAGGGAGAAUACACACAUCAUAAAGCUCAUGGGAUAUACAAAUGUGUUGUCUGUGGAACUCCUUUAUUCAAGUCAGAAACAAAGUUUGACUCCAAUUCAGGUUGGCCUUCAUUCUAUGAUGUGAUCAGUCCUGAUGCAAUUAUGUUCACCGAUGACUUCUCUUAUGGGAUGCACAGGAUUGAAACAGGCUGCAGUCAGUGUGGUGCUCACCUGGGGCAUAUCUUUGACGAUGGGCCUCGUCCAACUGGCAAAAGAUAUUGCAUAAACUCUGCUUCAUUAUCGUUCGAGCCUGUAGAUAAGAACAAUGCUGGAGAAGGCAGCAGUAGCACCAGUCCUGCCCAAACAGACAAAACAGAGCUGUAGGACAAAGGGCGGUCUGCAGAAAACUCACGGCGUAUGAAGAAUGUUUUUUCUAACUUGCCUGCUAUAUUAUAUCAUAUUUUUAAAUGUAUAAAGGCAUUCUGCACCAUUAGUUUUUUUUUUCUUUGUUGAAAUUGAGGCCUUGCCUGCCAAUGUAUUUUACUAUAUAAUAGGUUCUAAAUAUUUGUGGACUGACUCUCCUGGUUUUGUUUUUGGAGAUUGCUUUGGGGAAGCCUUAAAACAAGAGACUUUAGCCCCAUUAGUUAUUAAUUUCUUCUUCUUGCUUUGUUACUAUAGAUUUGAAUAUUUUUCUUUUCUUUUUUUGUGUGUGUGAAGAAAAGGGGAUUGUGGUUAUCUUCAGACAACAGAAAACUCUUGAGUGUAAUAAAAUUCUUGAGACCCAGCA